AUGUCGUCUCCUCUGGUUAGUUGGAAGCGACUGCAAUUUGGUACGUUCCCCUUUCUUCUAAUACGCUCUUAUAGAUCACUAGUCUUCCGCAAUUGCGGUUUCCUAUCUUCAAUAAAUUUCUCAUCUUUCCAGAUUCAACCGUCUUCAUCUUGUUCUUAUCCUCUUAUUCAAGAUGAAGAUUCCAAACCCAAGGCUUUGUCGAACCCACUCUAUUCUUUCCUCUCUCAUGCCGAAAACCCCAACAACACUGUUGAUAUCAUAUGUUCGAUUCUUAGAAAUGACACUUCUUCCCUUCUUAAUAUUCAAGAGGAUGAAGCACUUAAGAGGCUUAUUCCUCAUCUCCAUACCCAUGAAGUCUCUAGAGUCCUAUUGAGAUGCCAAUCCGAUUACUCUAAAGCUCGUUCCUUUUUCAACUGGGUGAAAAACGAUGUGAACUUGAAAUUGUCAACCCAUAAUUACUGUAUUAUGGUUCACAUAUCAGCAUGGUCUAAAAAAUUAUCAGAAGCAAUGCCAAUAUUGUCUGAACUGGUAGAGACAAGCGAAAACCACGACUCAAAGAGUAUAGAUGUAUUUCGAAGUUUGGUUUCCUCUACUGAUGAAUGCAAUUGGGACCCUGUCGUAUUUGAUAUGCUGAUCAAGGCUUACAUUAAUAUCGGCUUGGUAGAGAAAGGGUGGAUGGCUUUAAAGAUGAUGGUAAAGCUUGGAUUCCUCCCUAGGAUUGUCACAUUCAACUGUCUCUUGAUCGAGCUCUCCAAACAGAAUUGCACAAAAGAAUGCUGGGAUUUGUUUGAAAAAAUGAGCAAGAUUGGAAUUCAUCCUAAUUCACAUACUUUCAACAUAAUGACCAAUGUUUUCAGCAAACAUGGGGAUGCAGAUAAAAUUAACGAAUUCUUGGAGAGAAUUGAAGAAGAGGGAUUUAUUCCCGAUAUAGUGACAUAUAACACACUAAUAGAUUGCUAUUGCAAAAGGGGAAGAGUGAAUGAUGCGUUUUAUUUGUAUAGGAUAAUGUAUAGAAGAAACGUACUACCAGAUUUGUUUUCAUACACCUCCUUAAUGAAUGGCCUCUGUAAGGAAUCCCGGUUAAGGGAGGCUCAUCAACUCUUACAUCAAAUGGUGCACAGGGGUUUAACUCUGGAUGACGUGGCUUAUAAUACCCUUAUAAGCGGUUAUUGCAAAAUGGGAAAGAUGAAGGAAUCAAGAGCUUUGAUGCACGAAAUGAUAGCCACUGGAAUUCAACCAAACAGUUUUACUUGUUUGGUUCUCGUGGAAGGAUAUGUAAAUCGAGGAAGAUCAAUUUCAGCUUUAAAUGUGUUAUGGGAGCUUCAGAGGUUUGGAAUUUUUAUCCCUCGAGAAAUAUAUGAUCUCCUAAUCUCCAAGCUAUGUUUGGAAAAACGUCCACUAGCUGCAAAGAGACUUAUAGAAAGAACAGGGCAUGUUCCUGGGGAGCCGAUGUACAAAGAAAUGAUAAUUUCGUUGUGUGAUUGUGGUUACAUAGAAGAGGCAAUGGAGGCUUAUAAAGAUUUAGUAAAAGUAAACCAGAAACCUGAUUUACAAGUAUAUGAAGCUUUGCUAGGAUGUUUGUGUAAAGUAGGAAGAAGUGUGGAAGGUGAAUCCAUGAUGAGGGAGUUUGGACAGUGUAAUACUGGAAUCUGUAGAGCAUUAAUAGAUGGGUUAUGUAAAGAAAGGAAAGUUGAAAAGGCUCAGGUUUUGUUAUUUGAAUUUGCGGAGGAAUUUCAGAUUCGAGACACUGAAUGUUUGAAUUACAUAUUUAGGGUUCUUAGUGAAGGAGAAGAAGGUAAUGUUGGUGAAGUGUUACAGUUUCAUGAAAAGGUGCAGAAGAUGGGGUUUAUACCCAAUAGAUUAACAAUGAGAUAUAUGAUAGAUGCCCUUAGCAUUGGAAAGCUGCAACAUUUAGCAGCAAACAGAGAAUGUUCUGUAAUUAGUUUAUAAUCAAAAUCUUGGCUGGCCAUUGUAUUGUAGCCCUAUAGGUUUCUUUUCUUGGUUGCCAUGUAAAAGGUGGUGUCAUACAUAUGUUUUUCUAACAAUGACAAAUGAGUUUGAUCUACUG